AUGAAUAAUAAUAAUGAUAAUAGCGAAAAUGGUUGGAUACCAAAGUAUUUAAUAAAUAAAAAAAGUAAAUUAAAUAUAAAUAAUGUAGGUGUAAGAUAUUUACAAGAGAAAACGUCAUAUAGCACUGAUGAAACAUCAUCUGUCACUGAAAAUAUAAAUUGUUUAAUGGAUAAUUUUAAGCCAGAAGAUUAUAAUUGGAUAACAUUUCUUAAUGCAGGAUCAGAAUUGGAUUUAUCAAAUAUGAGUAUCUGUGAAGAGGAAGAAAUUCUUCGAACAUUAAAAAAUCUUUCACAUCGAUUGGAUGGUGUUAAAGCAUUAAAAUUAGCUGAAAAUAAUUUAACAGUAGUACCAUAUAUUUCAUUGAGCCUAAUGAAAUAUACAUUAAAAUAUUUGGAUUUACAUGGAAAUAAUUUCUUUGUAAAUUAUAAUGCAAUGCAAAAUCACAAUGAUAAUAUUUACUCAAUGAUUGGAUGGGCUCGAUUUCCAAAAAUGAUUGAUUUAGAACAUUUAAAUCUUGCAAAUUGUAAUAUUCAAUAUAUUGUAAAAAAUAUGUUUGUAAAUUUAACUAAAUUGGUGGUAUCAUUUCAUCAUUUUAAUAAUAAUUUAAAAUAUUUAGGUUUAUGUUUAUCAUCAAUUCAAAUGUUAGAUAAUCAAAUAUUUUCAAGAGAAUCAAUUGAAGUUUUAGAUUUAUCUGGUAAUCCAUAUGUUGCAAUUAAUUUAAAUAAUAAUUCAUUUCAAGGAUUAGAGAAUAGUUUAAAAGUUUUAUGGUUAUCUGAUUCAGCAAUUAAAAAAAUUUUUUGGUUGGGAAAAUUAAAAAAAUUAGAAUAUUUAAAUUUAUCAGUAAAUAAUAUAAAUUCAUUAACAAAUGAAACAUUUUCAACUUUAAGAAAAUUACGAUAUUUAGAUUUAAGUGCAAAUCAUAUUGGAAAUUGGUAUUAUCAAAUAUUUAAAAAUAAUACUGCUUUAAAAAUAUUAAAUAUACAAGAAAAUAAUAUUAAUAUGAUUACACCGGAAAUGUAUAAAGAUUUUAAGAAAAUGGAUUUUAUGGCAUUAAGUAAAAAUAAUUUCGUUUGUAAAUGUUAUCUAAGAUCACUUAUUGAUCAUGCUGACAAAAAUGGAAAUAGUAAUAAUAAAGGUGAAGAUUUUGUAAAUUAUUUAUAUAAAAAAGUACCAUCUGGUGCUUGGGAUCAUUUAAUGAAUCAAGUUUUAAUAGAACAAUACUAUAAUCAAUAUAUUGAAAGUUUAGAAAAUUUAAAAAAUUCUACAUCUAUUGAAAAUUUUCAUUCAAAUGAUGUAAAUUAUGAACAUGAAUAUACAUUUCAAUUAUUAGAUUAUAAUGAAGAAGAUUAUUGGUGUUUUAGUGGUACAAAAUAUUUCAAAUUAAAUGAUAUUUCACAUUGCAAAAGUAAAGAUAUAACUUAUGAAGAAUUAAAUGAAACAGCAAAAAUUUUAAUAUGUGGUGUUGUUGUAUUUGUUGCCGUAUCAACAAUUUUUGCAAUUGGUUAUUUUAAAAAAGAGAAAAUUAAAAAAAUAAUACAUAAAAUUAAAAAAUAUUUUGGUUUUAUAAAUGGAAAAAAUAUAAAUUAUAAUUCAGAAUUAAAUAAUAAUGAAAAUUAUAAAUAUGAUGUAUUUGUAAGUUAUUCGGAUCAUGAUAGAGAAUGGAUUUUAGAAGAAUUAAUACCAAAUAUGGAUUCUGAUAAAGAAUUAAAAAUUUGCUUACAUGAACGUGAAUUUAAGGUGGGCUUAACUAUUUGGGAAAAUAUAAUAUUUCAUAUGGAUAAAUCAAGAAGUUUAUUAUUAGUUAUAUCAAAUAGUUUUUUACAAAGUAAUUGGUGUAAAUUUGAAAUGCAAUUUGCUCAAAAAAGGUUAUUUGAUCCUCAAGGUAAUCCACUAGUAUUAGUUUUAUUAGAAGAAAUACCAAAUAAUAUUAGACCAAGGGCAUUGCAACAUUUAAUGGACUUACGAACUUAUAUUAAGUGGCCGGCAACAACUGGUAAUUUCCAAAAGGAUAACGAACUAAAAUUAAUGUUUUGGAAUAGAAUAAAACAAUCUUUAAAAAAUGAUUGAACAUUAUGAAUUUAUUGUAUAUUAAAAUUAUAUUAGAAAAUUUUAAUAUACAAUAAAUUGUGUGAAUUUUAUAUUUUUUAAUGGUAUAAUGUUGCAGAAAUUUGUCUGCAGAAAGAAAAAUGUUAAUUUUAUAAUUUUGAA